UGCAACUUUUACAAUGAAAAAUCCCCUGAGUAUUUCUUUUUCCCUCAGAUUUGUGUGCCAAUGUCUGUGGAAUUUGAGGAGCUCCUGAAGGCUCGAGAGAAUCCAAGUGAAGAGGCACAGAAUUUAGUGGAGUUCACAGAUGAAGAGGGAUAUGGUCGUUACCUCGAUCUCCAUGACUGUUACCUUGAUUCUCCUUUUCAGAAGCUGGAUUAUAUCACAUACCUGUCCAUCUUUGACCAGUUAUUUGACAUUCCUAAAGAAAGAAAGAAUGCAGAGUAUAAAAGAUACCUAGAGAUGCUGCUUGAGUACCUUCAGGAUUACACAGAUAGGGUGAAGCCCUUGCAAGAUCAAAAUGAACUUUUUGGGAAGAUUCAGACUGAGUUUGAGAAGAAGUGGGACAAUGGUACCUUCCCUGGAUGGCCGAAAGAGACAAGCAGUGCCCUGACUCAUGCUGGUGCCCAUCUUGACCUCUCUGCAUUUUCUUCCUGGGAGGAGUUGGCCUCCCUUGGACUGGACAGAUUGAAAUCUGCACUAUUAGCUUUAGGCUUGAAAUGUGGCGGGACCCUAGAGGAGCGAGCCCAGAGACUCUUCAGUACCAAAGGAAAGUCCCUGGAGUCACUUGAUACCUCUCUGUUUGCCAAAAAUCCCAAGUCAAAGGGGACCAAGCGAGACACUGAGAGGAACAAAGACAUUGCUUUCCUAGAAGCCCAGAUCUAUGAAUAUGUAGAGAUUCUUGGGGAACAACGACAUCUCACUCAUGAAAAUGUACAACGCAAGCAAGCAAGGACAGGAGAAGAGCGAGAAGAGGAGGAGGAAGAGCAGAUCAGUGAGAGUGAAAGUGAAGAUGAAGAGAAUGAGAUUAUUUACAACCCCAAAAACCUACCUCUUGGUUGGGAUGGCAAACCCAUUCCUUACUGGCUGUAUAAGCUUCACGGCCUAAAUAUCAACUACAAUUGUGAGAUUUGUGGAAACUACACCUAUCGAGGGCCCAAGGCCUUCCAGCGGCACUUUGCUGAAUGGCGUCAUGCUCAUGGCAUGAGGUGUUUGGGCAUCCCAAACACUGCCCACUUUGCUAAUGUGACACAGAUUGAAGAUGCUGUCUCCCUGUGGGCCAAGUUGAAAUUGCAGAAGGCCUCAGAGCGAUGGCAGCCUGACACUGAGGAAGAAUAUGAAGACUCCAGUGGGAAUGUUGUGAAUAAGAAGACAUAUGAGGAUCUGAAAAGACAAGGACUGCUCUAGUGUUCAGGCUGUAGCUCAGCUUGGCGGCUUGCCCAGGCUCCUCUGAGAUCUUUUUCUAUCUCUUCCACCCAAAUGCUCAAAGACCCUUUACGAUGUAGUAUUAUGGUCUAGUAUGCAUCUUGUAGAAACAAGGCAUGCUAACAGAUUGUGGGAUUGAGAUGUGUUUUAUCUCUGUUUUAUAUUAAAAAGAAUUCUUCUGGAAAAUAAAACCCUGGUUUUGAA